UUUCCUUGUUUUCAUCACAACCCUAGCUGUCAUAUUUAAUAAAUAGUAAAUAGUAUGAAAUUGAAACUUGCUUUAGGUAAUUUGAAGAAAUAAUCAUAAGGGUUUAUUUUGAAAAUGGAUAAGAACUACACGAGCUAUGGAGAGUGUCGGUGUUGCUUAGUAAAAGGAUAUCACAGAGACAUAAUGAAGGAAUACUACGUAAAUGGCACUAGGGAGGUGUAUAUAGACAUUUUCAUGGAAUGCUUCAAUUUAUUUCUGUCAACAAACAAACAGAUCAGUGCGCUGAUAUGUGUGUCGUGCGUUCAAAAACUGAAAGAGGCUAAUAGUUUCAGACUGCUCGUAAUCAGCUCGGAGGAGCAGCUUCUAGACUCAAUAACUGAUAAAGAAACUGUUUUUGUUAACGUGGGUGUUCAAUCCGAAGUGAAAACGGAACUGCAGGGUGAUGUGAAGGUGGAACAAGACGACUCCGUCUUUGAUUGCGAGGAGUUUCUAUGUGAUGAAGUCAUUACAGAGACAAAGGAUGAGGAAAUCGUAGAUAGAGAGGCGGAAAUAUUGUCCCGAUUUCCGUUCACCAACAAACUGCCUGAUAGGAGAAGUUUGUAUACAACCUGCAAAGGCUUCGUAACACACCUGGACCUGCUGGAAGGUAAGUUAGUUUUACCCAAAAUGAUCGCUAAGCUAUUAGAGAACGACAGCGGAAGGUCCUCAAAGAAGAUAUUCGUAACGGAAAAAAUGGCUCACAUACACAACGCGUCCACGCUUCUAGAAUAUUCGAAUGCAACUCCUUUUAAGAGCAAAAAUAGAUCGGGCUUUCCCUGUUUCUUCUGUAGGAGCAUACACGACAGUCUGGACAAACUCAAAGAGCACCAAAGCAAGGCACACAAAAGAACAGAAAUCAAGAAGAUUCUGGCAACUUAUGGGGCGGAGUGUCUAGUGGUGUACGUGGACAUAACGGAUUUAAAAUGCACCAUCUGCGAUAGUGAUGUCCCAAGUCUGAACGAACUGAGAGAGCAUUUGAUGAAGAUACACAAGAAGAAAAUACAUUUGGAGUACACGGAUAGGGUCAUACCAUUCAAGCUGUCCACCAACAGCAUAUACGAAUGCCAAGUUUGCAGAUUCAACUUCGAAACUUUCGGUUCUAUCGAGCGCCACAUGAACGUGCACUACAGGAACUACGUUUGCAACCAGUGCGGGACCGGUUUCGUGACGAAGUACCGUCUGAAGGUGCACAUGAAGAGCAUGCACGUAGGCGGCGCGUACCCAUGCGAUAUAUGCAAAAAAGUAUACACGACCCAACAGAAGCACAAGAACCACGUGGACACGGUGCACAAGAUGAUAAAGAGAUUCAAAUGCACCAAAUGUCCUGAACGUUUCUCAGAAUAUUUCAGGCGUCAGAAGCAUCUGGUGGAAGUUCACGGUCUGGCGCCGCUGCAUUACAAGUGCAACGUGUGCGACAAGGCCUUCGACAGGCGCUACACAUUAUCGCGGCACAUGAAGCGCGACCACUUGGAGGAGAGGGACUACCAGUGCCAACUGUGCUCGUACAAAUGCUUCACCAACAACGAGCUCAGCGUGCACAUGAUAAAGCAUAACGGCGAGAGAAUACACGAGUGCAGCGUCUGCAAUAAGUCCUACGCCAGGAAGAAGACCCUCAGAGAACAUAUGCGUAUACACAACAAUGACCGAAGAUUUUCCUGCGCCGUCUGUGGACAGUCGUUCGUGCAGAAAUGCAGUCUGAAGGGCCACGUGAAAACGCAUCACACGGAUUAUGUCGUGCAAUAAAUUAUUAUAAGACUGU